AUGCGACAAAUCAAGGUGGAUUUACGCUGUGGUAGAUGUAGAGUUGAACCAGAGAACAUUGAGCAUAUUUUGUUCUUCUGCCCAUUCGCGAAGGCUGUGUGGUUUGGAUCUAAUUUGGCAUGUCUCAUUCCAAGGGAUGAGGGUGCUAGAUUUUAUCAUUGGGUUCUGAAUUGGGGAUCUCUCUCUGCAUUGGACAAACAAACCAAGAAGGACUUUAUCACCCUUUGUACCUUCGUUGCGUGGUUUAUUUGGUGUUCGAGAAAUGAUGAUCUCUUUGGUUGUAAGGUCUCUUCUCCAAUUGAGGUCCUGAUUGGGGCUAAGAAGGCGUGUGAUGAAUUCCUCUCAGCAACGCAGCAGACUUCCCAGGUACCCUUGCAUAACACAAAUGGUGUUGCAAUAGGCCUAGUAACUCCGACCGUGAACCAGGUUUGGUGUCCACCACCACAUGGCUUCUUUAAGUUACAUUGUGAUGCGAGUUUUGUGCCUGGUAAGGAGUUUGGGGGAGUUGGAUUUCUUCUGCGAAAUCAUCUGGGUCACCCUCGGUUUGCUGUUUCAAGUCAACACAGAUUCAGUUGUGUCAUUGAAGGUGAAGCAAUUGCAGUGAGGGAAGGUCUUCUUGAGGCUAUUUCGGAAGGAACUUAUCAGAUGUUGGUAGAGAGUGAUAAUCGGGAGCUCAUCUCGUAUCUUCAGGACUCUUCCAAGUGA